AUGGCAGUGGCAGCCAGGAAAGGCAGGACUACAGCCUCCCCACACAGCAGCAUCACCACCACAGCUUGGCCAGGCUCCCUGGACAGCUGGCUUAGCUGGAUCCCCUUACCCAAAUGGACGCUCAUCACCAUGGCUGUGGCAGGGGCCAUUCUCCUCCUUCUCUUCCUCAUCUGCAUUGUCAAGUGCUGUUGUACAAAGAGGAGGCCCAAGAAGAAGGAAAGAAUCGGCUUGUGCACCAUCAGCAACUCCACCACGAUCAACCUUGUCCAGCCUGAGAUGGAGGACCUGGAGCGGGAAGUAGAGCAGAAGCGGCGAGGAAAGCUGCAGUACUCCCUGGAGUACAACUUCCGCAUGCAGGAGCUGAAAGUUGGCGUGAAGCAGGCAGCUGAGCUGAAGGCCAUGGACAGUGGAGGCACAUCUGACCCAUAUGUGAUUGUCUACCUAAUGUCUGAUAUGAAGAAGAGAUAUGAGACCAAGGUUUACCGCAAGACCCUGAACCCCAUCUUCAAUGAGACCUUCACUUUCCAGGUACCCCAGGCUGAGGUGUCUAAAUCCACGCUGGUGAUGCAGAUCUAUGACUUCAACCGCUUUUCCAAGCAUGAUAUCAUUGGUGAGGUUCGGCUGCCCCUGGCCAGUGUCAACCUGCAGCAUGUCAUCGAGCAGUGGAGUGACCUGGUGGUGGCCAGUAAAGUGGAGGAAGAGCAUCUGGGUGAGAUCUGCUUCUCGCUGCGCUACGUCCCCAGCACUGGCAAGCUGACAGUGCUCAUCCUGGAAGCCAAGCAGCUGAAGCGGAUGGACUCAGAUGGACUCUCAGAUACUCCAGCUUUGGGCCGUACUGGAGGUAUCUCUCAGGAGGAGAUGUCAUGGCUGGAUUGUACAGGGAGCUUGGCAGGAGGAAAUCCUUUUGUCAAGGUGCAUCUCAUACUGAACAGAAAGAAAUGGAAGAAAAAAAGGACAAGUGUGAAGAAAAACACCUUAAGCCCUUACUUCAACGAGGUGUUUGUUUUUGAGGUGCCUUUCAGUCAGAUCCAGAAUGUGGACGUGGUCAUCUCUGUCUGGGAUCAUGACAAAGUGACCAAAAAUGAGCCCAUUGGCAAACUCUUCAUCGGCUGCCGAGCUACAGGCAACCAGCUGCGGCACUGGUCCGACAUGCUGUCCAACCCAUGCCGGCCCCUCGUCCAGUGGCACAUCCUGCAGCCCCCGGAGGUGGUGGACAAAGCCCUGGGACUGAAGUCCCACCUCAAGCUGCCCCUGCACUCCAGAUAGUGAGGGGUCUCCUUCUCCACCCAGGGAGCAGGAUGGUGGGCUUGUAGAAGAGUGAGGGGCUUCUGCUUAGCAAGCUCUAGACAUGUUGGUCCCAGCUCAUUGUCAGCAAAGAGGGGACUGGGACUCCUUCUGGCCAAGAGAUCAUCUGGCUGCUGGUGCAGCU